AUGGCCGGUUUCUCCUCCUCCGGCUCCGACCCCUUCAACUCCUCCCGCUCCGGUAGCAGCAACCCCUUCGCCGGCCCCUCCGUCGCCGUCAUCCGCGCCAUCCCCAUCGCCGAGCACGUGCCAGUGACGCUCUCCACCACCGUUGCCAACUUCUUCCCGUGGAAGACGUACUUCGGGCUGCUCUUCCGCGAGUAUGAUCUCCUCGAUCACGUCGACGGCACCAUCGACCUCCUCGCCAUGCCGCACGACCCCGAGUGGCUCGCGAUCGACGCCACCAUCAUCCGCUGGUUCUACCAGACCGUCUCCAGCGACAUCUUCCGCACCGUCGUCCGCGACGGCGACUCCGCACACACGGUCUGGGCUAAGAUCACCGGCCUCUUCACCGACAACAAAAUCCAGCGGGUCACCUUCCUCCAGCAGGAGUUCUUCGGCACCCACCAGAACGACCAGUCUCUCGACGAGUACGUCCUCAAGCUGAAGAGCCUCUCCGACGAGCUUCGUGACUUGGAGUUUCCGAUCGAUGACAAGAUCAUGCUUUCCACCCUGUCGGUGGGUCUCGGCGAGGAUCUCAGCAACGCCGCCUCCAACCUCACGCUCAUCACCACGCCCACCUUCGAGCAGGCUGUGGCCUACCUGCGCCUCGAGGAGCGCCGCCUCAAGCAUCUCCAGGCUCGGGCGGCCCAUACCGCCUUCAUCGCCGGCUUCUCCCGCGGUGCCCAGACUCCCGCACCUCGCCCCACCGGUCCGUCGCCGGGUUUCCCCGCAGCCGGUCACCAAGCCGGUCAGACCGGGCCGUGGACCGGCCAGUCCGGUCACCAGGCCGGCCCGACCGGGCCGUGGACCAGUCCAACCGGCGCCCAGGCCGGUCAGACCGGCCCAUGGACCGGGCAGGCGGCUACUUCUGGCGGUGGUCGCCGCGGACGUCGUCGCCGUGGCGGUGGUGGCAACGGUGGCGGCAAUGGUGGCGCCAACGCCACCACCCCCGCGCCUCGUCCACCUCAGCACACCGCCCCUCCGCCAUGGACCGGGGUCGUUCAUGCCUACUCCAUGCCCGUGUCGCGCGCCCCCUACCCGGUCAUCAUGGGGCCACGUCCGGCCACCCACCAGGCUUUCUACGCGGCGCCCCAGCCCGCCCCGGCCUACGCUGCCCCCGCCCCCUCCCGGAGCUCGGCCUCGUGGGACCCCGCGCUCCUGACCGCCCUCCAGAGCGUCCCCUCCGCUGGGGCGUAUGGUGGCGGUGGCGACUGGUUCAUGGACACCGGCGCCUCCGCGCAUAUGGCUGCGCACCCCGGAUGGUCGUACUCGGAUGCUCCUCCACCGAUGUGA